AUGGAGUACCGGCCUAUUUGCCGUGUUGGGAGUCUUCAUAAGAUUAUUUCAAAGCUUCUAGCUAGCAGACUUAAAUAUGUGAUUGAGGAAUUGAUAUCUCACAAGCAGACAUAUUUUAUCAGAAAUAUGAAUAACUUGGAUGGUGUUUCAGUAGUUAAUGAGUUAAUUUAUUUGGCUAAGAGGGAAGGUAGAAGUUGCUUGGUCAUGAAGGUGGACUACGAGAAAGCGUAUGAUUGCGUAAGUUGGAACUACUUAAGGUAUAUGAUGAAAAGUAUGGGUUAUGGUAACAUAUGGUUGAAGUGGAUGAAGGCUUGUGUUUUUGUCAGUUCAAUGGCAAUUGUGGUUAAUGGAAGUUGUACUGAUGAUUUCAAGGCGGAGUGUGGUUUAUGA